AAAUAUUUGGGCUUGGUAACGGUCACACGCAUGCGUUUUGAGUAAUGAAGUUGGCCUGUAAAAAAAUUGAAAACGGGAAUUGACCGUGAUUGAUUGUCUGUGGGUGUAGAGCGGCGUCGCUUUCGCCCUUGCCAUCUCUAUGUUGAAAAUUAUAUAUACUUUGCCCUAGAGAGGCAAACAAGUUCCGUUGCAGAUCCGGAGAGUCUCCAUCAAUAUUGUAAUGACAUCUGUGAAGCCUUAAUUUUCAGUAGAUACAGAUCUGAAAAAGGUUUCUUCUGUCAUCAUCCUAAGACUAAAUCAAGUUGCAGCUGUGAUGGCUGCUCUCCGAGAAGGGGUACAAGAUAUGGAAAAAGUGAGCAAGGAGCUUCUCAAAGUGAUGGCAGGAGCUAAGGCAGGGAAGAUGCUGAAGCACAAUUUAGCUAAACAAGAGCAGAUGAUCAACAAACUCUUGGAUACUCAAAAGAGCACAGCACAGCUGAUCAAAGGUGUGUGUGUGUGCAUGUGCGCAUGCCGCUAUUCUUUCCUUGUGGCAGAGCUCAUGACUAUCGAGGAGCAGGUGGCCCAGAAACUUUCUGACAGGGAAGAAGAGCUGAAGGCAAGCCUCCAAAAGCUGCAGAAAAUUGAAGAAGAAUUGCUGAAGGCAAGAGAGGAUGCCAAAUUGAGAACCAACACCAAUGAGUUAAAGAAAGAACUGGAGGCUUUGAGAGAAGAAAUCAGGCAGCAGGAGAAGAGCGUGGAUGACAAUGCUAAUGCGUCCGUGUCGGCUAUGUAUAUUGUACACCUUUAUUACCAGAUCUGCCGGAUUGACUGGGACUACUCCUGUGAGCCAACAAUGGUCAAAGGAAUUCAUUAUGGGCCAGAUAUUGCUCAGCCUAUCAACCUUGAUAGUGGCCAACACUCUCGCUGCUUUAUCAGUGACUAUCUGUGGAACCUUGUGAGUGCAACCUGGUGAAGGAGGCAGCUCCCAGCAAACAGUAGCAAAUGUAUAGUGGAUGCACUUUUUUUAGACAAUAAAUGAUUGGCAACAGUCUUUUCUUA